AUGCCGUUGGAAAGUUGGGACCCGCUUUUCUUUGAUGUCUGGGGAGAUCGCGUUAGCACUUUUCGUCAGGUCUUUGUCGUCUCAUACGCGACCAUGCAAAGGAUGCUACUUGGAAAGCUAGGUGGGAUGGAGACCUAUUACCUUGCUGUACAGAUGAUAGCAGGAGUCCAAAGAUUGUCGCUGUACAAGGCUACAGUUCUUCUGUUGACCGCAGGUUUGAAGCCAGCUUUUGCUUGACCCGAAAUAAACGUCUUCAUAGCGACAUCUUCUGGGCUAAUACUGAGAGUGAAUACGACGCUAUCAAUUUGAAAGGGCUGAGAUUAGAUGAUUUGAGGAAAUCGUUUGUAGAAGAGAUGGUACGGUGUGUGCCUGACCUUCAUUUAAUAACCUUCGACGC